AUGACCCUUCUCUCCGCACACUCCUCGCUUCUUGCUGACUUCGAAACCUGUGUUCGCAGAUCAUUUUUUGAUCAUUUCUUCUCACUUAUCACUUGUCAGAACGCCGCGACUUUAUAUCACUUACCGUUUUAUAAAUUUUUGCUUUCAGUUGCAAUUUCUGUAUCUAUUAGUUUGAAAGAUUUUCAGAUAAACUUUCGAAACAUGUCUGAUUCUGAUUCGGAUUCCAGCGUAGAAGAGAAUUCACAGGAUCCAAAGAUUUCCCUUAAAAUGUGUCACAGUUUGGAAGCCGCUGUUAUUGAAUUCGGAAUUCGUUUUGAUGCAAUCGCUUAUGACAUGAGAGAAGAUCACAUUAGAUUCAUUUAUAACCACGGUCCUCAAAUCAAAUACACUGAGGCAGAGAAUGGCGGUACUACUGUGAAAUGCAAUGGACAAAAACGAAUUGAAGCAGAAAACUUUGUGGACAGGGCGUUCAAGGACAUGAAAAUAGCAUUGAAGAACGUGGAAACCUUUGAAAUUAAUAACGAUACAAAAGAGAAAUACAACAUUGUCAAACAUUUUACUAAAGCUUUCAAAUCAGAAGAAAGUAUUCACACGAAGGCUAUGAUCUUUGACCGCUUCUCAAUAAGGGAUACUAUUUCUAUCCUCUCACGUGUUUAUGCACAAACGCUGGAAAACAUUCACAUGUGGCACACUGACAUUCGUGAUUUUGAUCAGUUUGAACGGAUGAUUGAAAUGGAUCAAUGGAAAAAUGCGAAAAAAUGCACAAUUUGGGAAUCCUCGUUUGACACCAAAUAUACAGAAAAUUUGUUCCAUUUUGACUCAUUUACCAUUUACCAAAUGUCCUCCAGCCUAAAAACACAGCUUGCUAUCAAAAUUAGAGACGAUGUAAUGACCAGAAGUACAUUUGAAUAUUGUAACCUACGUUACUACGAAACAGUUUACACGAAUUCACUCGAAAUUGCGAAAGUAUUCAAGCCAGACUAUGAAGGUGGCGCUGAUUUUGAAAUCGAAUAUGACAACGGUUCCAACAAAUUCAAGAUUGAGUUCAAAGUUUCUUGCAGUCCCCACUCUUUUACUAUAAAAAGAUGUUGAUUAUGAGCUUAAAGUCUAAUAGUUGAAAAAAAAGUUUUGUAUGAAUUAAUUUUUGUUUUAACACUUUAAUUUAAUUUUAAUAUUUUUAUUUUUAUUUAAUAAAUGCUUGCCACAAAA